CCAACGCGAGAGGAGUGUUGUUUGUGCGCUAGCAACUAGUUGUGAAGUUUCGAUUUGAAAAGAAAAAGUUUGUGGUAAAAAUGCUGAUUUGAAGUCUUUGAAUUGGCCUUGUGUGUGAGUAAUAGUUGGUGUAAUAUUGUGAAACUAGUUAAAUGUUUUACUCAUACGUGAUGUGUUUGUAAAUAGCCAUUGGGUGUGAGGCAAACUAAAGAGGUAUUGUGAAAUGUAGUGGUUAUUUUUAAUGAAUGAUUUUUCUUGCUAGUAUGGAAAAAACAUCAAUUGUGAAAUACGUUGCUCGUUUGUGUAGAAAGGAUCUAGUAUCCCUUAACAAAGUGACAAAGGAGACGAACGUGUGAGAAAGAAACAAGAAGCAUUAAUGAUUCCUUUGCGCGAAAGGGGUGGCUUCAGCCGUUUGUCGAAUGGAGUAGGUCAUUGUUUCGCACGACCUCUUUUUUAUUUCUGUUCAAGUUUGAAAGAUAAUAGGAACAAGGGAGAACAAGGAUAUGAAGGAUUUUCCGCGUCCUCGCCAGUGUGUACGCGUGUAUGAGUGUGUGUAACGUUGAGCAAUGUUUGAUUCAUGCCAUUCCAAUACAGUCCGCUUGUUUCUAGUGAUGCAAAUGGUUCAUUUCUUAAAAGAAAGAAAAACACAACUAGAAAUGCUUAAACUUAGUGCAUAAAUUGCAAACUGGUGCUCAAUGUGAAUGUAACGGCGUACAGGUAAAAGAAAACUAAAGGUUGAGUGAGUGAAAGCAAUGAAAACUUGCGGUAGCGGUGGCCAGCGCUUUGAUGCUUAAGUUCCGUUGGAUGACCUGUUUCGUACCGUUGCCAUAGUGACAGGGUGCAUGCAUCCAUAGCCUAGGCUGAUAUUGUGGAAGGCAACCGGAUCUACGUACGAUUUAGAAUAAUGCUUUUCAUAAAGGUUUUUCCGCAGUAGUGCGUUCGUUCGUUUCUGUGAAAGGCAACUAAAUUGCCUUUGGAGUGAAGUAGGAAAAGCAGUUUUGCAAAGCUUCUAAUACUUAUGGGUUAUGUGAAAAUAGUGAAGUAAAAGUAUUAGCAAUACGUAGAAAUAUGCGACAUAAUUGAAACAUUUCUCUACUAUUGGUCAAGUGUGGUUUGUUGCGAUAAAACCCUAUAAGACGAGCCAAUCCUGUCUCUCCUGGUUGCAAGAAUUGGAAUACACAGAAGAUAAGAUAAGGGUGACAUGUUGUUGCAGUUUUUCCCCUAUGUUUCCUCUCCAUUUGAGGUAUUGGUACUAUCAGCCGCAAGAGUACUGCCACCGUCGUCAUUCCAUUAUCUAAAGGUGGUUGCGCCAUUCGUCAUUGCAAAGCGCGAAUUAAAGGAAACGAAGAAGACAUCCGCGACCUUUUCCAUAAACUGCUGUGUGUUGUGAAAUUCAGGAAUUCCGGGACAGCUAUCAAUCGAUACUUGUAGAUUGUCACGUUUCUCAUGGUGUUAAACCUUAUCGCCGGUCAAUAUUCGGGAAUCAUUCAUCGCAACGAGAGACAAUGACAACCGGCUUCAGCUAAAACCCACGACGUUCGCGUGUUUUGUCCAUCGUAAGGUUCUUUUUUUCGUCACAAUUCCACUCCAAGGAAGAAGUAAUAGUGGUCGUGCAUUUGGUUUAAACGUAACCCGUCGUUGCCAAGGAAAACAAUGUGUUUACUAUAGUGUGUGACGUGUGCCUCCCUGUCUGUGAUAACGCGCUGUUGUUCAUCAAUGUAGCGAAGGCGAAGCGCUCGGCAAGUUGUGUGUCUCCUUCGUUAGUUACGAUUAGAUUGUUCGGUUUCGGUGUGCGUAUUUGCAAUCGCGAAAAUGUGUACAUGAAGUGUUUGUCAAUGUGCCCGGACCGUUGCUAUAUAGGCUCGUGUGACGUGUGAUAAAUGUGUAAAAUUACGUAGCAGAACUGUUAUUUUUAAUUUCCGCAAAAUGAAGCAUCAGAAUCAGUCAUGCUCAUUUGCUCUGCUACGGAGUAGCUAAUCGUUUGCCGAUCACAAGUUCCAUCUGCAAGUCGGAAGGAAUCCUGCUGGGUGUUUGUACAUAGCAGCGCGGUGCCCGAAUCGUUCCUGAUUUUGUGUAAAAAAAUUAUAUAGUUUUUUAAGUGUUGAUAAUAGUUUUAAAUAUCCCUAUACUUAAGUAAGUGUUGUUGCAAACCCCUAACACUAAGUGCGUUAUUCUACCACGCGAGAUAUCAUCUGUUUCAAGUGUUCUACAUAGUGAAGCUUGUUGUUUUACUACUGCCGGCAUUGUCUACGGCUUUGGUGCGCCUCACCAGUCCUCGCACGUUGCAGAUAAUGAAUACACUAGAUACGAGUACGGGUAAUGCCUCACCGUCGGCUUCGGUAGUGCAUAUCAAUGAUUUACUACCCCGCUUGAACAAGCCCGACGAACAGGUGGACGGUUCGGUCGGUUUUGUGCCUCUGAUUGGAAGUGUGGUUACCGAUGGUGCCGCAGUCGUUACUGGCGGUGCUACAGUGCCAAAUUCGGCACCCGUGCCAGUUCAUGCUUCUCCGGGCGCUGGUUCAACCGCAGGGCCGGAUGUCAGCGCUAACGUGGCCAUACUGAAUCGUCUACUUUCCGCCCAAAUGGGUUCGGGUGGAAAUGGGAUCGAACUAGGACGGAAUAGUGGUGGUAGUGGUACAUCCAGCAAUAGUAGCAGUACAAAUUCCAGCUACAAAAAGUGUCCCUAUCAUCGCCACUGUUCGAGCCAUCCUUACCAUCUGCAUCGGCAUUUGCAACAUCAGCAGCAGCAGCAGGCUCCCGGAAGUUCGUUUUUAGCUGGAUCGAAUCGAUACAGAAACGACGGUAGUGCGGCGAGUAGCAGCAACGGUGCACCAUCCGCUUCCUACCCGUUACGGGAUGCCAUCUCGGCGAACGUUACGCCGCCACCGUUAAAUGCUGUUAUUCUAGUCGACCGGUACCUGUUGAUGGAACCGGUCGAAGGAAACAAUCUGUAUCGAUGCUACGACAUUAAAUCGCACGAAGAGCUUGUGUGCAAGAUUGCAAAUAAUCCGUGCUCUAACCUGCUAACGGCGCACUUUCGUUUGGAUGGACACCAACACGUCAACUCGCUGCACAAAGUCAUACAGGGCAAUAAUCAAACAUAUUUGCUGUACAGCCCUUCGGAGGGCGAUCUACAUUCGUAUGUGCGAGUGCGCAAACGACUGCGUGAACCGGAAGCGCGGCGAUUGUGUCGGCAAAUGUGCGAAGUAGUCAAAAGCUGUCAUGAGCAAGGCAUUGUCUUGCGUGAUCUCAAGUUGCGGAAGUUUGUAUUUGCGGACCGUGAAAGGACGCAAUUAAAACUGGAAUCGCUGGAAGAUGCCGUCGUACUCGAUGAUCCGGCCGAGGAUCUGCUGCAGGACAAACGGGGCUGUCCCGCCUACGUGUCGCCGGAAAUCCUGCGUGUCAAUACGACAUACUCGGGCAAGGCAGCCGACAUGUGGUCGCUAGGCGUUAUACUCUACACGAUGCUGGUUGGAAGGUAUCCGUUUAACGAUUCUGAGCAUGCAUCGCUGUUUGCAAAAAUUAGCCGCGGACAGUUCACUGUGCCGGAGUGCCUUUCAUCGAAGGCCCGCUGUAUGAUACGUGCCCUACUCCGGAGAGAUCCGGAAGAACGUAUUGCCUCGGAGGAUGUGCUGUAUCAUCCAUGGUUGCUGCACGACGAUAGCAAAGAUCAUGCUUACGGCUUACAUACGGGCAGCCGUACCAGCAGUAAUGGUACCGCUGUCGAUGAUCACUGUGUGCCGGAAUGGUACGACCCAUCGGAUGAGAACGACAUCGGCAGAUCAUCCUCCCGUCUGCAUUACUCCACUAGUGGAGAUGCUUUCGAUAACUAGGGAACGGUGAGAAGGCAGUGGUAGAGAGAUCAGUUCUUCCUAUAUAUUAAAGCACAAUGUGUUGCUAACUAUUACCAGCCUGGAUCAAAACACGGAAAAUGCUCCAGGAUUCACGGAUUAUGCUGUGAUUGUUUGAUUUGUAAGAGGCAACAGAAGAAGUAUGAUCAGUGUAUCAUUAUCUCACGGAAGUAAAGCGAACAGACAUGCACAGUUUUGCUAAAUGCGAUUAAUUGCAUAUAAACAGCAAGUAGUGCACGCCCAAUAAUAUGUAAGAAGUCCGGCAACACUUUUAAGCAAAUACCCAAAACAAGCUAAGAAACUGCUCUAGCACUGGCAUGCGACUUAUGUUGUGGUAAGCAAAAGGAAACGUGCGCUUUAUAGAAGAAAAACACACUCAAAAAACACAGAGAAAAAAAAACCAUUGCCGUUUUGAGUGAAUCGAACUCGUAUCAGAGAAAUUGCUGGACUAAACUUACUAUGUAAAAAUAGCUCCACAGCAAUCGAUUCCGCUUGACGAUGUUCGUACAAAUUACAACUAGUAAGUAACUUCUCCUUUUUUUAAACUUAAUUCCGGUUCGCCCGAGGGCUGAAGAAGUUACGAUGUAUGGAAUUAUUUAUACCAACAAUCUGCGUAAGUGUGAUCAACGUCCAUUAUUUCGCACAUGUCGAUCCGGAAACAAGCGAAUCGUGAUGGCAACUAUUAUUGCGUUUUCAUCUAAAAGCGAAUGUUAAUUUAUUUAAAAAAAACUUUACUUUGCUCCUGUUUUAAUGUGUCGCACUAGUGCAAUUAAUGAAAAGGGUACGCAUACUGGGUACACCGUCGCGCCAGCUUGUUAUAACGUUAGGUUUUUUUUUCUCUUUUAGGAUUUUUAUUUGGCAGAUAUUAUUUAACGACUGCUUCCGCCAACAUUAUAUUGAUAAAAAAUAAUGGCAAAGCGGCUUUAAUACAGAACAUUUUUAUCAAAGCAUUUGGUUUUUUUUUAUUUUUCACUCAAAUUAAAUAGUUUGGAUUAAAGAAUUGAAAACAUGCAAAGCGGACGCAAAAUUUUACUUAGAGCCAGAUAUUAAAGUAGCAUUUUUUUGUUCUUCACAUUUCACCUACUCCAUACGCCUGAAGGGAUGGUUAGUGGUGUAUUCAGUGUGUACAGUAAACCAACAAGCUACAGUAGCAUAUCGGAAAUUCAUACAAUCUGUUAUUUUAUCAUAUUCAAUCAAUGUAUUCUUUUAACAAACGGUAGGAUAUUUUUUUACAGAGAAAAUGCAAAGAAACCAUGGAGUAAAGCGAAGAGAGAUAUAUUCUGUAGAUGUAUAACGUUGGUAUUCUUAGCUAUUACGAUGAAAGAGAUUUUGCAAUUAUAAAAACUACUACAAAUCUUCCAAACGAAGGAAAAACAUUUUUUUUCUGCCACUAUACCUAUAAAUAAUGACAUAUCUUCCCAACAAAUAUCUGUUAGUGUAGCUGUAGGCCACUUUAUUCAGAUAAAUACCUUCCAUCCAUGCAAUCAGCGUAAGGCGCGAAACGUUUUGGAUCAUAAAAAGUUAAAAAAAAAACAACUAUGUUAUCUUAAUUUUCCUACGAAUUUGGCCAAUUCUGAUGUUCAUGUUUGUUGUUUGAAAAUUAUUUUUUAAACUACUAAAACAAUGAACAACGAUGUACAGUAAAACGUAUGGAAGCAAUACAGGAAUUCCGAAAUAUGCCCCAAGAAGGAUGUAUGUGUAGUUUAGCAAUAAAUGAAAUUUGUUAAAAAUAA